AUAUAAGUCACGGAAACAAUAAAAUACCUGUGUAAUAUAGGGAAGUAAAAGAAAACCAAAGGAAGAAAGCAACUGGAUUUUGAUAAUCAAGAGAGGUCACUGCCUGGAAUUGAAUUCAGAAUCUUGGGGUUAGUAGCCCGUGCUCUUACCAUUACGCCAUAUGCCCAUAACAAUGGCGAAUGACAAAAAUCCAACGCGUGUUGAUUUGUCGUCGGGAAACUACGAAGGAAAUUCUCUGGCCAUGCAUGAAGAGGGCUAUGGGAAAGUAACACAGCCGAUGCUACGCGACAAAAGCAAAGAAGACCGCAACGACAGAGAAAAAGUAGAAUGUGGAUUUGCUUCUUUCCGUCCACAUUUCCUGCAGCGAUUCAACAAUUUGGCAUCUUUCACCUUCUUUUGUUCCCUAGCAUCUCUAUUCUCGCACGCACUCACUGCCUACAUCUCAUCACAAAUUCCAAAUUUAGAGAAGCAGUUUCAUCUGAGCAGUUUUCAAAGCGGUUUCAUAAUUAGUUGCAACGAGAUAGGGUUUCUGCUUACCAUUCUGAUAGCCAGUCAUUUCGCCCAAAAGACUCACAUACCACGGUUUUUGACAUUAUGUUCGAUUAUAUUCGGCCUGACCACCAUUGGUAUGUUCUCUACCUUCGUUGUUCGACCCGAAACGUCGUGGGAUAGCAUCGAUAGUUCAUCAAAUUCUGAAAAUCAUUUUCUGUAUGAAGAAUUGGAUUUCCUCUGCACGGAUGUCAAACUGAAUAAGAGUGCAGAACUUGGGAGAUGCAUUCAAAAAGAAAAGAUAAAUUACGAUAAAACUCACUUGGCCUACGCUAUUUUUAUCAUCCUCAUGAUUAUUCAGGGAAUGGCGAAAGCGCCGUGGUCAUCGUUAGUUCCUUUGUAUAUUGACAACAAUGUUUCAGACCAGAGCAAAACCGGAUUCUAUAUGGGUUUCAUAUUCUGUUUUGAGCUGAUGGGUCCUGGAUUAGCAUUUGGACUUGGAGCAAUUGUCUCGAAGAUACCUGUAGAUUUAAUAGAUCAUGGUACUAAUUCUAAUGAUCCUCGAUGGAUUGGAGCCUGGUGGAUUGGAUUCUUAGUGAUUGGCUUCAGUGCUGUGCUUAGUUUACCUUUGGUAUUCUUUCCAAAGUCUCUGAAGAACCCAGAUGUUAUGUUAAGGCAGGCAAUUGAACCUAAGAAAUAUCGGGAGUCUGCAUCUGAAUUGACCCUUAUGGCUAAACUAAAAGCUUUACCAAAGUCUCUGGCAGAUGUCUUGAAAAACCCAGUCUAUAACAUAUGCUUACUCUCCAAUACAAUUCUGCUACUGAUGGUUAUGGGUUUUUUUGCUUUCUCAGCUAAAUAUCUGGAGAUAGUGUUUCUCCUCUCCCCUUUGAAAGCCAAUAUAACCAUGUGUGUGGUAUCUCUUAUAUCUUCAGCAAUGGGUACGCUGCUUGGAGGUACAAUAUCAUCAAAGAUGAGGUUGGAUGUACCAAAACUGAUAACAUUGAAGUUGAUCAUUAUGAGUGUUGUUCUAGCUGCUGAUGUGAUUAGUUUGUUCCUGGGAUGUGAUCAACCAGUCCUCAACAACCUUCCUAAUAGUUCUGAAUCAAAGGAAUUGUUCAAGAUUUGUCACUGUGAACAUAAUCACUAUUUCCCUGUAUGCGGAAGUGAUGGGGCCAAUUAUUUCUCCUCUUGUCAUGCUGGCUGUAAACAGUGGAUAAAUACAACAUUUACUUCAUGUUCUGCUAUCAAUGGAGGGAAAGCAAAGACUGGAAUAUGUGAAGAUGGUUGUGGUAGUCUCUACAUGUUUAUAACUAUGUUCUUCGUUGCUGAUCUGGUUAUGACCAUAGAUAUUGUACCUACGUACUUAAUAAUGAUCAGAACGCAGUAUGAAAAAAACAAAGCUGUUGCCAUGGGAUUUGGAUCUUUUGUUCUGUCAAUAUUUGGAUUCCUUCCAGCUCCAGCCUUGUUUGGUCAACUUAUAGACACAGCCUGUUCCAUAUGGGAAUAUAACUGUGGACAAAAGGGAUCAUGUCAACUAUAUGAUAUUUCAAAACUCAAGCAACUGGUAUUUUUACCAUUGUUGGGUGGACGGCUUUUAUCCAUUGCAUUGAUUCUGGUAGCUUUCUGUCUGGCCAGGAAACGGUCACAACCUGGAGAUGUUUUAAGAGAGAAACUUGCAGAAGCCAUAGCAAGCAGGAACAUAGAAACAACAAGUUUAUGACGAAAAUUAUAAAUGAUGUUAAUAAUAAUGAUGAUAAUAAUAAUAAUAAUAAUAAUAAUAAUAAUAGUAAUAAUACAGGCAAAUAUA